AUGACUGUCAUCUACACUUGCUGUGGUUAUGGAAGCUGGGCCAUUGUUGGAGAUGGUGAUUUGGGGUGCUGCGGAAGAGAUGAUGUGGUUGUGGGGUGCUGCAGGAUGGUCAUGAUGGAUCAAGUGCCCAUGACCCCCCCAAAUGCACUUAAUUCCUCGUGA